GAUAUGUUGUCAUUGAUGUGUGAUAGAAGUUGAUAUGUUGUCAUUGAUGUGUCUUUUCUUUGAUAUGUUGUCAUGAAGUGUUUGAAGUUGAUAUGUUGUCAUUGAUAUGUCUUUUCUUUGAAAUGUUGUCACUUUCAUUUUUCAUCUAUAAAUAACAUAUCAUACUUCAAGAAACAUACAUCUUCUUCAUUUGUGUUAUAGAUGACUUCAAAUCAACGAAGUUCUUCAUACACAAAUGCCACCUCUGCCAUGUAUAUCUUGACAUUUCCCAAAAUCCGAUCAUAGGUAUAAACCAAUCUAAGGAUCAAUUUUGGUCUCGAGUUGAGAGUGAUUAUCAUAGCUCAAUGCCUGCUUUUAUCACUCAAGUUCGACCCAGAAGAUCUUUGCAAUGUCGAAUGCAAACUCUGUUAACUGCAAUUGGCAAGAUGAGGGGAUGUGUAAGACAGGUUGAAAAUUUAAAUCCAAGCGGUGCUUCUGAACAAGAUAUUUUCAAUCGGGCUAAAGUGUUGUUUGCUCAGGAUAAGAAUUAUAAGAAGGGAUUCAAAUUCGAUCAUGUAUGGCCCAUCUUGAAAGAUAUCGAAAAAUUUGCAGAUGUUAAUGCUGGAAUUCAAGUGGGACGUAUGCAACAUGGUAACUUUGCAUCAUCACAAUCAGAGUACUCUCCCACUUCAGACUCUCCCACACAAGCAUCUCCUGGACUGGCUUCAUUCGAUUUUAAUAUGAAUGACAAUGAUUUUGGUGGUACUUCUGAAAGACCUAUAGGGGUACGGAAAGCAAAAUUUAAAAAGAGAAAUGAUGAAGAAAGUUCUAAGUUUAUGGAGUAUAUGAAAGAAGAGAAUCAAAAAAUGCUUGCAAUUAUGGAAAAAAAUAAUGCUGAUAGGCAACUAAAUUAUGAAAUCCAAAUGUUACGAGCUCAAACUGCAGCCAAAAAAGUGGACGUGGAAGAAUUACGAGAAGAAAAUUUAAUUUUACUGAAAGAUUUGACACAAGUAACUGAUCCAAAACUACAUGAGUUUCUUGUACAAGAACAAUCAAGAAUUAUGCAUAAAAGAACUAAACAAGGUGAAGGAUCUCAAAAUACCGGUUCUGGUACUUUUGCCCAAUAUUUCGAGCAUCUUCGUCCUUCUGAUGAUAAUUUCCUAGAAUACUGAAAUGUUGUUUUAGUUUAUGUUCAAUGUUCUAUUUUCCUUUAAUUUUAAUGUAUUGCAAUUAGUGUUAAUUUCCAAUGUUGUUCUAGUUUAUGUUCAAUGUUCUAUUUGGUUCUAGUAUUAUAAAAUUUUAAGUGUUUGGAUUAAACUAUCUAUUUUUUCCAUUGUUGAAUUUUAUUUUAAUAAUUAUUUUA